CCAGGGUCCGCUCUCACUCUUCCCAGCACACCGGUCACUCUCUCUUUCCCACCUUCAAAGCCAUGAACAGACCAACCUUAUGAUCACAAUGCCCAGUUAAACACCCUCUACUAAUCCCAAUCCUAACCCCAACAAAAUGAGAUAUUUACGACUCAUCUCCCCACAACUUUCUCAAAUCCACAAAACCCUCCACCAAAACCCUAAUCUCCGAUCAAGACCCCAUCUUUCCUCCCACUUCGUCGCCACCUACACCACCGCCGCGCCGCAGAAGAGACCGCCACCGCCGGAGAAUGUCUCGGCGAUCGCGGACGAGGUCUCGGGGCUGACCCUGCUGGAGAUCUCGGACCUGACGGAGGUGCUGAGAGAGAAGCUGGGGAUAAAGGAGAUGCCGACGAUGGUGAUGAUGAUGCCGGGGAUGGGAAUCGGCGGGCUCCGGGGAGCCGGGAAGGGCGGCGCGGCGGCGGGGAAGGUGGAGGAGAAGAAGGAGAAGACGGCGUUUGAUUUGAAGCUUGAUUCUUUUGAUGCGGCGGCGAAGAUUAAGGUGAUUAAGGAGGUGAGGACGUUUACGGCGUUGGGGUUGAAGGAGGCUAAGGAUUUGGUGGAGAAGGCGCCGACCCUGUUGAAGAAGGGAGUCACGAAGGAGGAGGCCGAGUCGAUUAUGGCGAAGAUGAAGGAAAUUGGUGCUGUGGUUUCGAUGGAGUGAGACUCGCAAGGCAGAGAGACAGAUAAAGAAGCGCGACACUCUGGUCUCAAGGAUUGUUAAAAUGUAAAGUAGCAAGUGGUGGUUCAUCACUCUGGUGACAUAGUCUACCAGAUGUUUCUGGAGAUCAAAAUUUUUUUCUUCAAUGAUGCAAAGCUUUUAUUGGACCGUUUUGUUUAUCUUUCAUUGUACUAGAAUAACACAGUAUGAGCAAAGUCUUGUUACCUGUUUCAUACAUUAUUUUAUUCUCAGCUCGAUGACCAUCAGCAAUUGAUUUUUGUAGACCUGAAAUUUUGAUAAAGGGUCACAAUGACCACAACCAUGUAUUCUCUUAAUGUUUGUAAUGACAGUGCCUAGAGGAAUGGAAGUAGUUAGGUCUUUGUUUCCUC